AUGUUUUCUCACCAGAAAUGGAAGUGUUCAUGGUCUCAGAUAGCCACUGUUGCUUCUGUGAUUGUUUUGGUUUCACUAGUUCAUCUAUUUCUCGGUCCUGUGGUGCCAUCUUUUGAUACUAUUAGUGUAAGACAAGCUCAGAAUCUUUGUGGACCAAGUAAUGAAUCAAUCACACAAGUGACUAAGGAGGAACCAGUUGUUGUUGCCUUUGAUCGCCGGUUUCCUGCUGACUUACACGGUGCAGUGGUUUAUCGAAAUGCCUCGUGGAAAGCCGAGAUCGGACAAUGGCUUUCUAGUUGUGAUGCAGUUGCUAAAGAAGUUGACAUCAUUGAACCAAUUGGUGGGAGGAAGUGUAUCAAUGAUUGUAGUGGUCAAGGUGUUUGUAACCAUGAAUUUGGAAUUUGCCGUUGCUUCCAUGGAUUUAAUGGCGAAGAUUGUUCGCAAAAGCUGCGGUUAGAUUGCAAUUACGAGAAAACACCUGAGAUGCCAUAUGGGAAAUGGGUUGUUUCGAUUUGCUCUAGACAUUGUGAUACCACAACAGCAAAGUGCUAUUGUGGAGAAGGCACAAAAUAUCCAAAUCGUCCAGCGCCAGAGUCAUGUGGUUUUCAAAUCAAUUCGCCGGCGAAUCCGGAUGAACCUAAAAUGACAGAUUGGUCUAAAGCAGACUUAGAUAUUAUAACAACAAACAGUAGUAAACAAGGUUGGUGCAAUGUGGAUCCAGAAGAUGCAUAUGCUUCAAAGGUGAAAAUCAAAGAGGAAUGUGACUGUAAAUAUGAUUGUCUUUGGGGACGGUUCUGCGAAGUGCCUGUACAAUGCACUUGUGUUAAUCAGUGCUCUAGACAUGGCAAAUGCAGAGGAGGUUUCUGCCAGUGCGAUAAAGGCUGGUUUGGAACAGAUUGUAGUAUUCCAUCCACUCUCUCGACGGUUGGAGAGUGGCCUCAAUGGCUUCGACCAGCACGUCUCGAAGUUCCAAGUGAUAAAAGUGUCCCUGGAAAUCUCAUUAAUCUAAGUGCAGUGGUGAAGAAAAAAAGGCCUCUUAUAUACAUCUAUGAUCUACCCCCAGACUUCAACAGUUUACUUCUUGAGGGUCGGCAUUUUAAGCUUGAAUGUGUUAAUAGGAUUUAUGAUGACAGGAAUGCAACAAUAUGGACAGAUUAUCUAUAUGGUUCCCAGAUGGCAUUCUACGAGAACGUUUUGGCCACUGCUCAUCGUACACUGAAUGGGGACGAGGCAGAUUUCUUCUUUGUUCCUGUUCUUGAUUCUUGCAUUAUAAAUCGUGCUGAUGAUGCACCUCACAUUAGCAUGCAGAAUCAUACUGGAUUAAGAAGCUCACUUACCUUAGAGUUCUACAAAAAGGCUUAUGAACACAUUGUUGAGAAAUAUCCAUACUGGAACCGCUCAUCUGGAAGAGACCAUAUUUGGUUUUUCUCAUGGGAUGAAGGUGCUUGCUAUGCUCCUAAAGAGAUAUGGAAUAGUAUGAUGUUAGUACAUUGGGGUAACACGAAUACGAAGCAUAACCAUUCAACAACAGCUUAUUGGGGUGAUAACUGGGAUGAGAUAUCUGAAGAGAGGAGAGGUGAUCAUCCUUGCUUUGACCCUCGCAAAGAUCUCGUGAUUCCAGCUUGGAAAGUUCCUGAUCCGUUCUCAAUGCGUGCUAAUUACUGGGCGAGGCCACGGGAGAAGCGGAAAACAUUUUUUUACUUCAAUGGGAAUCUUGGACCAGCUUAUGAAAAGGGAAGACCAGAAGAUACGUAUAGCAUGGGAAUCAGGCAGAAGCUAGCAGAAGAGUUUGGUUCAAGUCCUAACAAAGAAGGGAAGCUCGGGAAGCAACACGCAGAAGAUGUGAUUGUCACUCCAUCACGUUCUGACAAUUACCACAAGGACAUAGCAAAGUCAAUCUUCUGUGGUGUGUUCCCUGGAGAUGGUUGGAGUGGUCGCAUGGAAGAUAGUAUCUUACAAGGAUGUGUCCCAGUCAUUAUUCAGGAUGGAAUUUACUUACCUUAUGAGAACCUGCUCAAUUACGAAAGCUUUGCAGUUCGUGUUAGCGAAGAUGACAUUCCAAAUCUCAUAAACACUCUCCGAGGAUUCAAUGAGACAGAGAUACAAUUCAGGCUAGCUAACGUAAAGAAGCUUUGGCAAAGAUUCUUGUUCCGAGACUCGAUUUUGCUCGAAGCAGAGAGACAGAAAGCUAGUUUUGGACAUGAAGAAGACUGGGCUGUUCAAUUCUCUAAACUGAAACACGACGAUAUCUUUGCUACUUUCAUACAGACUCUGCAUUUCAAGCUACACAAUGAUCCAUGGAGACGAGAGCAAGUCGUGAACCGGACAAAAGAUUACGGUUUGCCUCAAGAAUGUCUCCUAAAAACAAGCUGA